AUGAUGGGCUGGUGGUCCAGCUCGGCCAACACGGCCUUGGACGAGCAAAUUGAGAAAGCCACAGGCAGCAGCUUGGAGGAUAUCGCCCUGAAUCUCGAGGUCUCUGAUGUCAUCAGAUCAAAGACCGUUCAGCCUAAGGAGGCCAUGCGCUCCUUGAAGAGGCGCAUCGGCAACAAGAACCCUAAUACCCAGCUGAGCGCACUGAAUCUCACCGACACGUGUGUAAAGAAUGGAGGCACCCACUUCCUCGCCGAAAUCGCCUCAAGGGAGUUCAUGGACAACCUGACCUCCCUCCUUCAAGCUGUCGGACCCGCCGCCGUUAACCACGAAGUCAAGCAGAAGAUUCUCGAGCUGAUACAAUCUUGGGCCGCCGCCACCGAAGGACGCCUUGAACUGGGAUACAUCGGAGAGGUCUACAAGACAUUGCAAAGGGAAGGUCAUCAGUUUCCUCCUAAAAUCAGCGUCUCCAGCAGCAUGAUCGACAGCAGCGCGCCCCCCGAGUGGGUGGAUUCAGAUGUCUGCAUGCGAUGCCGCACCGCCUUUACCUUCACGAACCGAAAGCAUCACUGCCGAAACUGCGGCAACUGCUUCGAUCAACAAUGUUCGGCCAAGUCGCUACCCCUCCCCCACCUCGGCAUCAUGCAGCCCGUCCGCGUCGACGACGGCUGCUACGCGAAGCUCAUGGACAGAUCGGCCAAGGGAGGUGCUGCACCACCUUCGCCGCUGUCGCAAGACCGAUCUCCCACCUAUCCUUACAAGACACGAAGCACAUCGGCCAUGCAACCACGCAACGCCCGCGUCGACGACGCAUUCGACGAGGACCUGAAGAAGGCGCUAGCUAUGAGCUUGGAGGAGGUCAAAGGCUACUCUCAGGGCUACGUUGCACCUACGGCCAAUGGUCCCUCGGGACCCAAGGUCAACGGCAGCUCUGCGCCUGCAGCAUCGUCUGGCGCGGAUGAGGAAGAUGACGACCUCAAGGCUGCCAUCGCCGCUUCGCUAGCUGAUAUGGAGGAGCAGAAGCAAAGACAUGCGGCAGUCUUGAAGGAGCACACGUCGAAUCCCGGACCAAACCCUACUCAGCAGUUUUCUCUGCCCAAGAACGAUUACGAGCUAACACCGGUUGAGGCUGAGAACAUUAACCUUUUUGCAACUCUCGUCGACCGCCUGCAGACACAACCCCCCGGCACCAUUCUGCGCGAGCCUCAAAUCCAAGAACUUUACGAUAGCAUCGGCACACUGCGGCCUAAGCUUGCCCGUACUUACGGCGAGACUAUGAGCAAGCAUGACACACUACUCGACCUACAUGCCAAACUUUCCACCGUUGUUCGCUACUACGACAGAAUGCUAGAAGAGCGCCUGUCCAAGGCAUACAGCCAGCACGCAAUUGGGGGAGGAUACAAUCUCCCCCCUCGCCAGUCUGGCGCUUACCCUACGCUGCAAGGCAGUGCACCUGGGGGUGCCGGCCUGGCCGAGAAUUUCUAUACCGGAUCACAGCAGAUGGACUACGGCCACGCACCGCCACCUCAGGCCUACGCACAACACCCACAGCACACUCCACAACCUCAGUACGCGACUUUUGACAAGCGCGCAUCCAUGGCUGGUCCGCCGGGAGGACCGUAUCCUGGCCAAGAGCCUCAAAGAACGGAUAGCUGGAGAAGCGGAGCUGGUCCCGUACCUGACGGCCAAUACGCACCCCAGCAGUCUUAUGCUCCGAGCGAGCCGCCUCAAGCAAAUCACCAGAACCAGCCAGGUCAACCUCCGGGCACCCCUUCGGCAGACCCCAACGCUUCUUAUUACUUCAACCCUCAGCAGCCUAGCGCACCUCCUUCUGCUCCGCCGAACGCGGAUCCUAACCCAUCGCCAUACCCGAAUCUUCAGCAGCCAGUGCAAUACCGACAGGCCAUGCCACCCCAACAAACACCUACUCAAACGCCUGCCCAGCCGGAACAGCCCACGCAACAACAGGCUCCGCCCCAGCAGCAAAGCUACUGGCAACCAUCAGUACCGCAGCAAUCGGCGCACCCUCAACAGCAUUGGCAAGGCCAGUACAACAGCGGAUAUACCCAGGAAUCAUUUCCGUCUGCUCCGCAAAACGCACCUAAGCAGCCGGCACUCUCGGCGUUUCAGGGUCAGGGAGAGCCCAACACUAGCAUCUUCAGACUUGAGAAUGAGCUACAAAAUGAAAAAUCCCCCUUUAACAUGUACAUUUCCAACACAGGCUUCCCGCACGUCAACUUUGCCGCAUCAUCAAAGUCAACAAUUCCUUCUGACUCACAAUUUCCGCCGGGGAGCAAAUCUAGAAGUAGAAAUCCAUUCCACCGGCUUUUGACCGUAGAAGAAGCAACAAAAGCCCGCGUCCAACCCCCUCCGGCCAACCACGGCACGGCGCCAGCGCGGCGUGAGACUCCACUUUCCGCUCCGGUCAUCGGCGCCGAAUGCAACGCGAAGCGCCGCAACACAAGGCAAGGCACCGUAGAAGGCCCCUAUGGCAACCCACGUGGAACCCGUCCGGUACACAGGCUGAACAGACUUUCCCGUUCCCUCCACCGGACUGCCCACACCCACGCCAAACAAGGAAACUUUCCCGAGAAUUGGGGGAACCCCGUCUUUCCCAUUUCCAUUCAUACACACAAGCAUCUUGCCCCGCCACCCCGCCAAUUCAUCUCAAGCUCGUCAUCAUCAUACCUGAAGAAAAGUUCAAAAAAACCAACCACAACCUCAAACAAAAUGCCAGUCCAAAUCCACCUCGUCCGCCACGCCCAAGGCUUCCACAACCUCUCCCUCGAAAACGAAGCCCUCCGCGACCCCCUCCUCACAGAAAAGGGAAAACAGCAGUGCGCCGACCUCCGCGCCGCCUUCCCCCACCACGACCGCAUCACCCACCUCGUCGCCAGUCCCCUCCGCCGGACCCUCUACACCUGCCUCCUCGGCUUCGGUUCCGACUCCUCCUCCUCUGGCUCUCCGGGCUCCUCUCUCAAAGUCCUCGCCCUGCCCGAGGUACAAGAAGUCUCCGACGCGCCGUGCGACACCGGCUCAGCCAUCAAGGACGUUGAGGCCGAGUUCGCCGGCCGCGUGGAUUUCAGCAGGGUGCCCGAGGACUGGAUCGACAAGGCCGGCCCCGGCUCGAGAUGGGAGCCGACGCUGGAGAAGCUGGAGGCGAGGUCUGCCGAGGCGAGGAGGGCGCUGAGGGAGCUCGUGGGCGGGGAUGUGUCGGGGGACGCGCAGGUCGUGGUCGUCACGCACGGUGGCAUUUUGCACUUUUUGACGGAUGAUUGGUAUGGGAUUGCUCCCAAGAAGGCAACUGGCUGGGAAAACACCGAGUACAGAUCGUACGAAUUCGAAGAUGCCACGGGACAGGACCCCAAGGCCCUCCUCAAAGAGACGCAGGAGAGCUGGCAGCGCCGUAAGGGCGAGGACACCCGCCCGACGCCUGAGCAACAGGCCGAGCUCCGCCAAACCUUCUAUCGUGAAAUGGAGCCGUAUCUCAAGUACAGCCCCGAGAGAGGCUGGAUGCAAAAUCAUGGUCUCGACAUUGUGGGGGCCUCUCUAUUUGCAUAG